GCAAUGUUUGUAUCACCAGGAAAUUACAAGAAACGUUAAUCCAGCAGUGACCGUUGAUGCCCUGCACUUGCUGAAGGGAACUCUAAAAAAACAACUUGAAGAGGAAUUAGAGGAACAGAAAACCAAAGCGAAAAAGAGAGACAACAACUUUCUUUGAGGACUAAACUCAUACAGGAAGUAAACCUAUUGGCGACCUGGAGAAGGGGAGUGAAGCAUGCAGAGGUACAAGGUUGGCACCGGGCUUCGCUACAGGCUGACUCUGGCCUCAGGGAUGUUGGAGUGUCUGUGCUUUGCUGGAGUUGUGUUUGGAUUCGCCUCUCUGGUGUUUGUGCUGAAGGAGGAUGGCUACUUCAGUCAGCUGUGUGUCACUGUCCCGGGUACCAAUAGCACAGACUGUAGUAGACAGGAUGAGCAGUUCUCUCUGGUCUUCACCGUUGCCUCGUUCCUCAACAACUUCCUGAGCCUAGUCAAUGGCUACCUGUUUGAUCGAUUUGGCACCAUGGUGACCAGGCUGCUGGGAAUAUCUUUGUACACGGUUGGAACCAUUCUUGUUGCCUUAUCCAGUGCAGCAUUUUCAGAGCUGCUUUUUCCUGCCCUCUCCUGCAUCGCCGUGGGAGGAAUUCUGCUCCUCCUAACUAACAUGCAGGUGGGCAACCUGUUUGCUGCUCAUCGCUCAACCAUCAUCACCCUCUACAAUGGUGCCUUUGACUCCUCUGCAGCUGUGUUUCUCAUCAUUAAGGUACUAUUUGAACAGGGAAUUUCUCUCCAUUCCUCCUUCCUUGUUUUGUCCUUCUGCAGCAUCAUACACUUGUUGAGGACCUUCCUGCUGAUGCCCAGAACCCACAUCCCCUACACCCUGCCACAAGGCUACACCUACGGAUUGAAUUGCGAAAAGGCCAACACUUACAACGUAGAGCAGUUUGAGGGGACGAGGGAAGGUGCGAUGACACUUUCCCAGGAGUCCUGUGGGAGGGACAACGUGCCACCAGCACCUGAGGACGGGACAGGGGCCCAAGACUCAGGAAAAGUGGCGAGUUUCCGGAGCUGUGUGCUGUCCUGGUUCUUCCUGUGGCACCUGGUGUGGUUGUCCAUUAUGCAGCUGAGGCAUUACCUCUUUAUUGGCACGCUCAACCCCAUGCUCAACCGGCUGGCCAACAAUGACCCCAACCUGGUGAGUCAGUACACCAAUGCUUUUGCCAUGACCCAGCUGUGUGGAGUUCUGUGUGCUCCAUGGAAUGGACUCAUCAUGGACAGACACAAAGGAAAACCUCUGGCUCCUGGAGAAACCGAGCAGGAGGCGGACCUGCGCUCCUCCUGUCUGUCUCUGUUCCUAACCUCCCUGCAGUGCCUGCUGUUCUCUGUGUGCGCCUCCGUUUCUUUCCUCCCACUGCAGUACCUCACUUUUAUUCUACAAGUCCUCAAUCGCUCCUUCCUCUACGGGGGAAAUGCAGCGUUCAUUAGCAUUGCUUUUCCAGCCUGCCACUUUGGGAAGCUGUACGGCCUGGUGAUGUCCAUGUCUGCUAUUGUCUCUCUGCUGCAGUACCCCUGCUUUGCCCUGGUCAAAGGAGCUCUGGGAGGAGACCCAUUUUAUGUGGACAUUGCUCUGACUAUACUCACUCUGCUGGUGUUCAUCCAUCCUGUCUACGUCUUCAUCCACUGCAGGAAAGUAGCCCGCCACAGAGACGGCAACGCCCACACUGAAGUCACUAAUGGCUCCAAAAUGGCUGAAGCGAAGUUAUAGUGAUGGUCAUUCAAGUGCUUUAGUCAACUUCUAGACUUAACUGUUCAGGGGUCAAAUGUUUUUUUUGUAAAACUUUUCUUUAACCUAAGUGCACUGAUGACAUUUCAAAUGUUUCAAUGCUUGUGAGGUCAGAUACAUGCUUUUUAAAAAUGUUUUCUAUUAUCCAAAAUGUGU